GCAAGCUUCCUUAAAAUAAAAUAAAGGACAUAAUAAUAUUAUUAUUCUAGGUUUCCAAUUUCCAACGGCAACCAAUCGCCGUAACCCCGUUAUAAAACCCCCUCCCGGAGGCAGCGAUGAUUGCAGGAGACCAACUCGCUCUACCCAAAAGAUGGCAGCGACCGAGAACAAGCCGGACCGGGUGGUGGUGGCGGAGCUCCCCGGCUGGAUCCGCCUCUACAACGACGGCUCCGUGGACCGGGCCUGGACCGGCCCACCCCAGGCCCACUUCCUCACCGCCACCGUCCCCCCCUACGACUCCCCCCGCGACGGCGUCUCCGUCCUCGACCUCCCCGCCGAUCCCGCCCUCCGCCUCUACCUCCCGUCCGCCACCAACGCCGGCGACGGCCGCCACCUUCCCCUUCUCCUCCACUUCCACGGCGGGGGCUUCUGCAUCACCCAUCCCUACUGGUCCAUGUACCACCACUUCUACACCCGCCUCGCCCGCUCCGCCGGCGCCGCCGUCGUCUCCGUCGUCCUCCCCCUCGCCCCCGAGCACCGCCUCCCGGCCGCCGUCGACGCCGCCUACCGCGCACUCCUCUACCUCCGCUCCCUCGCCGCCGGCACCGGCGCCGAGCACCCGGUGGCGGAGCGGCUCCGCAAGGCGGCGGACUUCUCGCGGGUUUUCCUCCUCGGGGACAGCUCCGGGGGGAACCUGGUGCACGAGGUGGCGGCGCGGGCGGGGGCGGUGGAGGCGGGUUUCUGGGCGCCGGUGAGGGUGGCGGGGGGGAUCCUCCUCCACCCGGGGUUCGGCCGGGAGGAGCGGAGCCGGUCGGAGGUGGAGAACCGGCCGACGCCGUUCAUGUCGCUGGAGUUGCUGGACAAGUGCCCGGCGAUGGCGCUGCCGAUGGGGGCGACGAAGGACCACCCGAUCACGUGGCCGGUGGGGGAGGCGGCGCCUGCGUUGGAGGGUCUGAGGCUGCCGCCGCUGCUGGUGGCGGUGGCGGAGGGGGAUUUGCUGAGGGACCGGGAGCUGGAGUACUGCGAGGCGAUGAGGAGGGCGGGGAAGGAGAUGGAGGUGGUGAUGAGCCGGGACGUGGGGCACUGUUUCUUUCUCUACGAGGAGUUGGUCGACUCGGAACCGGUCUCGGCGAGCCGGACCGGGGAGUUGAUCGAGGCCAUCAAGGACUUUGUGGCCCGCCACUGAGGGCGCUUUGUUUGGUGGGAAAGGGGUUGGUGGUCGGACCGCACUAAGUUUGCGAACCCCAUCCAAUAAUUUCUCCUCUCUUUGGGUUGCCUCAUGAUGCCAUAAUGUCGGUGUUAUCAUAUUAUUUCCGACUUAUGUUAUUAUUUCCGUCCUGCUGGUGAACCAAAGUUGAUUACCAGAAACUCUACCGAGUAGCCAUGGUUAUAUAUAUAUAUAUAUAUAUAUAUAUAUAUAUAUAGUGUACAUGCUCAUGUAGUUACAACCAUGGAGAUAUUCCCGAAGGAAGGUAUUCUACUCCUAAGAGAGAAACAUCUCCAUCAUAUAAUUACAGCUGUAGAAGAAGAAUCGCGAGUUAUUCCAUUCUAA